AUGGCAGAAAAAAAUGAAAAAAAUCAGCCAUACGAAAGUGGUGAUCAGAAAGAGGGCAUGAAGAACAUUCAAGAGGUCGCAGGGGAUAAAACUAAAGAAAUGGGGAGCCAAUUACAAGGCCAAAAAGAGGGAAUGGCUGUAACUACAAAAGGACCGAAUCCAAGCGGUCUUGGUAAAUCCCAAAAUACAAAGGUUGAGGCUGCUUCGCAAAGAGACCAAUUUCACGAUAUAUAUGAUAGCCAGCAAGGAGGCUUUAUAUACUCGCAGGAAGGUGCAUCAGAUUUAGUAACAUUUGGAGAGCGAGACAAGAUAUACAUUAAAAUGGCGACGGCAAGCCAGCUCUUUUUCUCUCAAUAUUUGCAGCCGAGGUUUAACAAAGCUGCGGUAACCUUGUGAAAGGGAAAUUGGCGCUCGGGGUUUCAUAUCCGGGCAGGUUUUACUUGAUUGUGGAGCGCAAUGUUGAAUUUGGUUAACCGCAGCUCUUUCCAAGUAAAGGUUUUUACCUCAGGGGAAAUGGGAUUCAUAGUUGGAAAGGAGUGGUCCAGCAGCACCAAGGAGUACAGUUUGGUCCAUCGGGCUCUUCUCCAGCGCUAUACUGGGCGUUGUUUCCCAGGCUUUGGAUUUCCAUUUUGGUCGAGAGUCUGACCAGAAAAUUUAUUUUCAAAUUUUCGGAAAAGAUGAAAUCUGUUGACGUACGGCAUGGUGGCACAACUCAUCCAACUACAGGUAGCGAGUGCAGGCCUUCGUUUGUAGAAGCGAGACUUUAAAGGUCGUUCACGAUUGGUGGCGAGCAAUCGAGUGGAGCGUUAAUGGGUGAAGAUAGUCCUUCGGGAAUUACAGUGGGCUUCUCAUUUAAGUACAUAAAAUUAAUGGAGAGCGAGACAAACAAGAAAAAAAAGAGAAUAAAUAA